CACAAAUAAGAACAUUCUGCAAUGGCCAUCAUACGCUCCUCUUUCGUGAUUUGCCUCCUCGCUUUGGCUACUAUUGCCACUGCUGAAUACUAUACUCCUUCAUCUUCUCCGGUUUACACUAAACCGGUUCAUAAACCCACCCUCCCAUCUCCGGUUUACGCUCCAUCGGUUAACAAACCCACCCUCCCAACUCCUGUUUACACACCACCUACUCAAAAUCCUACUCUCCCACCUCCGGUUUACACUAAGCCAACUCUCCCACCUCCGGCUUACACUCCACCGGUUUACACUAAACCAAGUUUCCCACCUCCGGUUUACACUAAGCCAACUCUCACACCUCCGGCUUACACUCCACCGGUUUACACUAAACCAACUCUCCCACCUCCGGUUUACACUCCACCGGUUUACAAGCCUACACUCUCACCUCCGGUUUACACUAAGCCAACUCUCCCACCUCCGGUUUACACUCCACCGGUCUACAAAAAGUCCCCAAGCUUUUCUCAUCCACGUCCAUAUGUACCAAAACCAACAUACACUCCACCCACCAAGCCAUACGUCCCAGAGAUCAUUAAAGCCAUUGAUGGCAUCAUCUUAUGCAAGAACGGCUAUGAAACCUACCCUAUUCAAGGAGCAAAGGCAAAGAUUGUGUGCACUGAGAUGGGAUCAUACGGGAAGAACAAGAACGAGGUCGUGACAUAUAGUAAUCCAACUAACUCUAAGGGAUACUUUCACGUGGAGCUAACUCAUAUCAAGAACCUAUCUCAUUGCCACGUCAAACUCUACACAUCUCCCGUCGAGGGUUGCAAGAACCCGACCAAUGUCAACAAGGGUCUCACCGGAGUUCCCUUGUCGAUGUACUCCGACAAGAACUUGAAGCUCUUCAGUGUUGGUCCUUUCUACUUCACUGGUUCCAAGGGUGCUCCCGCUACUCCCAAAUACUGAUCAUCAUCACAUUACUAUGAAGAUGAACUUGCAUUAUAUUCCAUAUAUAUGAAUGUCGCUUUAAUCAAUUUUAUUGUUUGAAAUUCUUUUUCCCUUGAAAAAUAUUCUUCUUCUUCUUUUGUUCCGAUAUCAUUUGUUAUCUUGCAGUGUGAAACAAUAAUCUUUGGUUAUGUAUGAAAAUUUCAAUAUUAAUAUG